AUGCGCACGCAGCCCCCCCGCACCGACGACCGCGCCGCCCGCCGCGCGUCGGCCACACCGCCGUCGGGCGCGGGCGACCCCGCGCGCGCGCGCACGACCCACAGGACGCUGGGCGAGUACACGCUGAGUAAGACGCUGGGCGCGGGGAGCAUGGGCAAGGUGAAGCUCGCGCACCACAGCCAGACGGGCGAGAAGCUCGCGGUCAAAAUCCUGUCCCGGGCACAGCCCCUCCCGCCGAGCCAGGCGCACCCCAACUCGGAGGCCGCCAUCAAGCAGGCCGCGCGCGACCAUUCCAAGGAGGUCCGCACCAUCCGCGAGGCCGCGCUGUCCCAGCUGCUCUACCACCCGUACAUCUGCGGCAUGCGCGAGAUGAUCAUCCACCAGCACCAUUACUAUAUGGUGUUUGAAUACAUCAACGGCGGGCAGAUGCUCGACUAUAUCAUCAGCCACGGGAAGCUGCGCGAGCGCGUCGCGCGCAAGUUUGCACGCCAGAUCGGGAGCGCGCUCGAGUACUGCCAUCGGAACAACGUUGUCCACCGAGAUCUCAAGAUCGAGAACAUCCUGAUCUCCCAGACGGGGAAUAUCAAAAUCAUCGACUUUGGCUUGUCGAACCUGUACGACCCCGCGUCGCACCUGUCCACCUUCUGCGGCUCGCUCUACUUUGCCGCGCCGGAGCUGCUCAACGCGCGCGUGUACACCGGCCCGGAGGUCGACGUCUGGAGCUUCGGCGUCGUGCUCUACGUCCUCGUUUGCGGCAAGGUCCCGUUCGACGACCAGAGCAUGCCCGCGCUCCACGCGAAAAUUAAGCGCGGGCUCGUCGAGUACCCCGUUUGGCUUAGCGCAGAGUGCAAACAGGUGCUCGCGCGCAUGCUCGUCACGAACCCCGCCGCCCGCGCGCCGCUGCCCGAGGUGCUCGCGCACCCGUGGAUGGUGCGCGGCUUCGGCGGCGCGCCCGACGCGCACCUGCUGCGCCGCGAGCCGCUGCGCGCGGACGAGCUCGACCCGCGCGUCAUCCUCGGCAUGGCGGGCUUCGAGUUCGGCACGGAGGCCGAGAUCGAGCGCCGGCUGCGCGAGAUCCUCGAGUCCGAGGCGUACCUCCGCGCGCUGCAGCACUGGGAGCGCAGGCGCGACGGCCGCAACGGCCGCCACUGGGGCGAGUCGCUCUCCAACUCGUCGCUCGCGCUCUCGUGGGAGGGCCAGCACAACAACAACGGCAUCGGCAGCGGCGGAGGGGGGGCAGGGGGGAAGCACGACCCGCCGAUGUCCCCGACGAGCAAGAAGAACAAGCGUUUCUCCGGGUUCGACUUUUAUCGCCGCAAGCUCUUCUCGCCGACGUCGUCCCCGCCACAGACGCCCUUCGCGCAGUCGCCCUCCAACUCGCAGUCGCACCUCUCGCACGCGUCGCUCGCCGACGCGCGCGAGCCCCCCGACCCCACGCGCGGCUUCCACCCGCUGCUCUCCAUAUACUACCUCGCACGCGAGAAGCUCGAGCGCGACCAGGUCUACGGCCCCGGACACUUCGCCAGCUCGCAGCUGUCCCUCCAGGCCCUCGCCGGCCCGGGCGCCACGGCUCCAGACGACAACGCGCAGGGCCCCGCGACGCCCGUGCCCGUGCCCGUGCCCGCGUCCGCGUCGAAGCCCGCGAUACAGGUCACCGCUCCGCGCAGAGACCCGCAGCAGAACCAGCAGCUCCCGCUCCCGCCCGCGCGCGCGGACUACGCGAUGCAGCUCCCCCGUCUCCCGGCGCCCGCGACCUCGCACUACUCGGGCAUGUCGUACGACCUCGCGCCCGUCACGCCCUCGCCGACCGCCGCGACCUUCCACCACCAGCCGCGCGCGCGCGACCCGGGGCUGCCUAGCACCGGCGGAGCGCUGUCCCCGACGAUGCAGAGCCACCAGGGCCACGUGGCGCCGCCGCCGCCGCCCGCUGCGCACGCGCGCGAGGACCUCGCGCCUGGCGGUGCGCCCAGUGCGCCCGGGUCGCCUGCGAAGCCGACGAUGCCGCGCGCGCCGCCGGCGUCGACGCAUCGCAGGAGCCAUAGCUUGAGCCAGCGCCCGACGAUCGCGCGCGGGUGGGCGGGCAUGUUUGGCGGCGCGGGCGGGGUCGGGCACGGGGGUGGGAUCGGUGAGCACGGGGAGUUGGCGAACGGGCGCGAGGCGCCGCAUACGGCGGGUCCGGAGCUCAUGACGUUUGCGGAGAAGAUCGAGGAGGCGGAGCAGCAGCAGCAGCAGGAAGAAGAAGAAGCAGAGCGCCGGCAGCGCCAGCGCACGCCGCCGCCGCAGCCCGAUAUCUCGUUCUCGCCGGCGACGCCGCCGAUGUCCGCGGGCGCGACGCUCGCGCGCAAGUUUGGGAGCUUGCUUGGGGGCGGCAGCGGGCGGGGCGAGGAGGGGCGGAGGCAUCCGGCGAGGCGCACGAGUAUUCUUGGUGGGUUUUCGUCGCCGAGGCCGUCUGGGGAGGGGGAGCGCCGGGAGGGCGACGUGCAUGGGCUGGCGGCGAGCGAGGGCGAGAAGCCGAAGGAGGACGCGGAGCCGCGGAAGAACGCGGGCACGGCGUCGGCGGCGGGGAUCUCGCACAGCCAGACGAUGCCGGCGCACCACCGCCGCGCGGCGACGAUCCUCGACCCGCAGGCGCGUAACCUGCGGCACGAGCGUCGGAGUAGCAUGGGCGCGGCGCUGCUGUCGAGCGCCGGGGGCACGAUUGGGCGGCAUCGGCGGCCGUCGACGGGGAAUAGCAUGGCGGGGGGGCGGCCGGUGAUGGAUCGGCGGUUUGGGAGGACGGACGAGGAGGAGGGUCCGGAUGAUGAGGAGGAGGAGGGGGAUGAGGGGGAUGAGCAGAGGGGGGGCGGGCGUGGGCGGGGUGGUGAGGGUGGAGAGGGGCGUGAGGGGCGGGAUCAGGAGGACGAGCGGAAUGGGGCGGAUAAGGAUUUCAAGCCGCUCUUCUUGAAGGGUUUGUUCAGCGUCGCGACGACGUCGACAAAGUCGCCGUCCGCGAUCAAGACGGACAUUCGGCGCGUGCUGGACCGCAUGCAGGUGCAGUACCGCGAGACCAAGACCGGGUUCGACUGCAUCCACAUGCCGUCGAUCGACCUCACGUCCGUGCAGCAUCCGCCCCCGCCGCCGAGCGCGAGCGCGACGCCGACGCCGACGGUGCGCACGGGCCGGCACCGCAAGGAGGGCUCGACGGGCUCGAACGACUCGGGCGCGCGCACGGUCGCGAGGAAGACGUCGAAGCUGUCGUUCAGCAUGGGCCGUAAGGAGCGCGAGAACGGGAACGGGGGCGGGGCGGGGACCGUGAAGGAGAAGGAGCUGCCCAGCCGCCCGUCGGGUGGUACCGUCUUUGCGGCGACGCCCAGCAGCGGGUCGUCGUCCUUCUUUAACGUGUCGAACUCGAAUACCGUCACGGGCGAGGAGAAGCGCCAGCAGCAGUGGCAGCAAGGCGGCGACGCGGCGGUGCCGGCGGCGAACCAGCCUGAAGACCCGCCGCGGACGCCGUCGCCGCCCAAGGGCAAGAAUUUGCCGCCGAUACCGCGCGACUUUGCUGCGACGCCGCAGCCGGGGCGCGUGUCGCCUCUCCCGACCGGGGAGAUCGACCGCGAUGUCUUCGAGAGCAUCGGCCAGAAUACGCUGUCCGUGAGGUUCGAGAUCAAUAUCGUCAAGGUGCCUUGGUUGCCGUUGCACGGGAUCCAGUUCCGCAGGGCGAGCGGCGACGGAUGGCAGUACCAGAUGCUGGCGCGGAGAGUGCUGACCGAGUUGAAGCUCUGAUGGCGGCCUCGUCGCGUUUUGUGUGCGCGGAUGGCGCGCGCGGUUGCUCCCCCACUCCUUUCGAUCCCCCCUUUCUCCGCCACCGUCCGCUCCUUGCCCUCUUUUCUGCUGACCCGCUAUCACGUACGUGCUCACGACAGACAUACCAACCAUAGGAUCCCUACUACUGUUUUUCUUCUAGUAUGCAAUGUGUAUAUGUUCUUUUUUUUUUUUUUGUCGUCUCCCCCUUUCGUCGUCUGGUCUGGUCAGCGUCUAACGUUCCUCCCCCUCCCUCUCCUUUUUUUUUUCGUCCGGUUGGUUGCUGCUUAUAUAAACCUCGUCCACCGGCCUCGCGCCGUCUUUCAUCUCACGCCCGUCUGCCUCAUCUAUUAGACUGCCCACUUUCCUUACCCCCCUCUUGCUCUUCCCCCCCCCCUUCGCCGUGCAUGUGUUGCUCGGUGCUGCUGCUUCUGCGUAUCAUGCGUACACGUACACAUACACGGCUCUCUCCGGCAAAAGUCACGAGAAGCCUGUAUGAAUCGACUGAUUGGUGCUUUUUUGUCUUGGUCGCUGUUAAUAGCUGGGUAUAAAAUCUAAGUUAUGUCUGG